AUGCGCCGUGACCCUAACCGCGAAAGACUGCGUGCCCGUCAAGCCUGCAGAAACUGCAGAAAGAAAAAGGCACGGUGUCCUUCUGAACGACCGACCUGUUCAACUUGUGUACGCCUCAACCAGUCCUGUGUUUAUGAUGAAACACACCCACAUGAUCGAUUGGCCGACCUGGAGAAAAAGGUAGAUCGCAUUUUGAACUGCAGAGAUCAGAGAUAUGCACCCGAACAUCCAGAUGACGGGCGCCCCACAGAGCCCCCCAGCGCUUCUAUCAGACUGCAACCAAACGCGAAUCUUGAAGCCUCAUCCACACAUCAUCCCUCAGGUGCUGAACAACAGUCCACGAAGUAUUCCUUCGCUCCAAUGCCCGAACUUCACGCCCCAAAACCAAACAUCUCCGAUUCCGUUAUCACCCAUGGCCUUGAUGUCUACUUUGAGCGGUUCCACCGGCAGCCUAUCUGGUGCUUUGAUCGCCACGACUUUGAGUCCAACACUGAGGUGUCUACAGAACUUAUCUGUAGUAUUUUAGAACUGACUGCGAGAUUCUCACGGGAUCAUGACUCACAAAGUUAUGGUGAAAUUGCAAGGUGGUCAAUAAUGUUGCGCAUGGCAAAUUCCACUCCUGGUCUCGAAACUAUUGAGAGCCUCUGCUUACUUUCCUACUCUGCUUUUAUUGACGGCGACAUGCACCUUGGCCAAUUUUAUCUCGGCCUCGGCUUUCAGCUCUGUCGGUCUGCAAACUGGGAUCGUUUACCGAAACCUCGCAACGGAAACCCUACGGCUGAGCGCGAGAAGAGGGUAUUCUGGAGUCUUCAAUCGUUAGAGCAAUUCUAUGGUGACCAGCGUGGUAUCCUCAGAACAGCAACAGAAGAUUGGCGUCCGUUCUAUCUUUCGGACAGUGCUGAUACGGAGUUCCCCCUCGACCUCGAUGGAGCUUCCACGGCGUCGGAUAUCGGAAUCUGGACCCUGUCGAUGCAUUUUGGAUGGGUCUGGGGCAGAGUUAGAGAGUACGUCACUGAGUGUUCUCAGAACAAGUUAAUAGAACCCUGGCGUCUCGAUUCGACUUACGCUAAGGUGCUUGCUGAUCUGACGGAAAUCGAAAACAAGGCACCCUUGUGUCAUCGAUAUCACAUAGUGAAGUUCAAUGAGCGUCGAUCAAAUGAAGUGCAGGCGGAUAGGGAUUACUGGAUGCCGUGGCUGAAACUCCAGUUUACUUGGCAUUCAAUAUUGACGAUGAUCAAUCAUCCCUUUCUAUAUAUCGUGGCGUCACAGUGUCAUCCUAUCCUUGCGAUCCCUAACACUUUUUGGCGUAAAUCUUCGGAGCUGGUCCUUUUACACGCUACAUGGAUUGUUCGCACAAUCGAUAUGGUUCAUGAUAAGGACGUUAUACUACUUGAUCCUUUCUUCGGACAUGCAGCUGCCAUCGCAGCUACAGUGCAUCUUUACUUCUCUUGCGCGACCGACCUCCGACUCAGACAGAAGUCAAAGGCCGACUUUGCGAAAUGCAGAAGAUUUCUGAGAGGUUUCUCGUCAUUUUCGCCUGCCAUCGAAUGCUUGUCUCGAUUGCUUGACAAAAUGGCGCGAAUAGCGUCAAUAUCUGAAAAUACUGAGUACGAGUGGGCGCCGUCUAGGAUACACCUCAGUGUUUCUUUGAUGUGGGCUAUUUUGCAGUGCAAUGUCUCCAGUUCGAAAGUCCCGUCCUCUCCCGAUGGCACAUUGCUACCCACAUCCCCUACCCUCACUGGUACAACUGAGGAAACGGAACGAAGCCCAACGCUUGAGAUCAGCGUUACAGCAACGCUUCCAACGGCCACAGUAGACCCCUCCCAAGGGCACGAUGCAAGCUUGCCACCGUACAAGGCCAGCUCAACGUCUCAGAACUUGCCUCGCAGUGGUGGUACGCGAGACACCGUUGUUCCACCUGCCGAGAGCUUCAUGGUCAACAAUCCCUGGCUUUGGGCAUAUCCUUCCGGAUACGCCACCGUUGAGGACGUGGGCAAUCUUCCUUCGGACCUCACCGCCGGUAAUGGCCCCGAGGGAUUCUCUACUUGGUGGGACUUCGGCAAUUUCUAAGUAUUAUCCGGGACUAUCAUGUGGGCGUCCGCAGCAUUUCGUUAUGAUCUGAUGUGUUCCGCGACAGCCGAUCUGAUGCAUCACGUCUCACAAAUGGCUCUCAUAUUGAUAGUUUACUAUGCUGUUCACAUGAAAUGAUGAGAGCACCAAGAGAUCAAGCAAGUUAAUGAUCAAGGAAUCAACCGGGUAGAUAUUUCAAGACCCAGUGAAAAAGCCACUGCAGGCACCUUUACCGCAC